AGGCCUGUGGGGACGGGGCGCGAGCAGGAGGGGUGAGCGCCAGAACGCGCGCGCUUGAGGGGCCGGGAAGGGGCCGCGCGCCCACCCAGCGUGAGGACAGAGCCGAGAGCGGCGUCGGGACCCAGCGGGACGGUGAGGCUGCGGCCAAUCAACUGCGAGGGGUGAGCGGGGCCGGCCAAUCGGCGCGAGGAACCUCGCCAGCCGGCCAAUCAGCGGCAGCGUGCGGGAUCCUCCCACUAGCCCGGGAGUCGAGGCGCCCGGCGCCGGAGCCGCAGCCAAUCAGCGCCCAGGAGUCGCGCGCCGCGUCAGGGAGGGGACUCGGGGAUGUCCUACAAGCCCAUCGCGCCCGCCCCCGCCAGCUCCGGAGCAGCCGGCACCAGCAGCAGCGCCAGCCCCGCCCCCGGGGCCCCGCCCGCCGCCACGAGUGUCCCAUCGCCAUCCGGAUCUGUCCCUGGAGCCUCUGCCCCCUUCCGGCCCCUCUUCAACGACUUUGGCCCCCCGUCCAUGGGCUACGUGCAGGCCAUGAAGCCACCAGGUUCGCAGGGCUCCCAGAGCACGUACACUGACCUACUCUCAGUCAUUGAGGAGAUGGGCAAAGAGAUUCGACCCACCUAUGCAGGUAGCAAGAGUGCCAUGGAGCGGCUGAAACGAGGCAUUAUCCACGCCCGGGCGCUGGUGAGAGAGUGUCUGGCAGAGACAGAGCGCAAUGCCCGUACGUAACAGCUGCUGCCCUGCCCCAUGGACCUUCCCACCAAUGAUCAUCUGAGAACCUGGAGAUCUGCCCUCCCACGGACCUUCCCACCCGAGACCCAGCUCCGCCAUACCCCCACACAGACCUUUCAGCAUUCGGCAGCUGAGGAUCUGGAGCGGGUCCUGCUGGAGUGCAGCUGUUGCCGGCAGUCAGCGCUGGGGAAGCUGGCGCUUGGGCCAUGCUGCAGGGAUCUCCAGGGAGAGGAGCCAGUGGCUUUUCUCGCAUCUUUAUAACGUGUUUGUUUUUAUAACUCAAUAAAAGAAAGCGUUGGGAUUCUGA